GAAUUGAAAUACAUUAUUAUUGUCUAAUAGUUUACCACCCAGAAAUUGCCAACGAAAUCAUUCCACUUUGAACUUUAGCAAGUUUUCCUUCGACUACACACGUCAUCGAGCCGGAAAGUAUUUAAAUUAUGCCCAAAAUUGCAUUUUUUGUUAGACUUUUUCUUUAGCCUAAAGUAGCCUUUUCAGUAAUACUUCUUUAUACGGCGAAUACCCUGUUUGGCGAUACCCUAAAAUUUCCAGUUCGUGACAUGCUGAUAAUCGUUAAGAGCUCAAAGAAAAUUACCGUUUUUCUGUAAAAUUAAGAGCUUGACUACGGCUAAUCUCGCGAUUAACUUUUGUUUUUCUAUCACUUUCUAAGGAGUAGGCGAAAUACAUACACCACAUGUCUUUGCUUAAUUAUGUAUAACAAUCGGAUUUAUUAGAGUUUGGUUAGCGAGAUGAAAAUCAAUCUUACUUCUCAAAUUAUUUUUGGUUGCCUGCUUAUUAUAUGGUAGGUAGUAUCUCAGCCAGAAGCACAUAGAAUUUUCCUGGGGAUUGACGACGCAAAAGGAAUCAGCUCUUAGAAUGUCAGUGCCGAUUGGUUUCCCGAUGGCUAAAAUAGCUGAAAACGAGGGAAUAGAAUGCGAGUGUCAUAACUGCAAAUGCAACGACGACCAUACCAUUAACAGUACAAACGUGUGAGAGCAAUUAGGCUAUUAUGGUUGAUGCUGUAACAGCGUUUUGUCUGAGUCAAGACUAUUCGAAGAGCUGACUAACUUGACAAGCAGUGGAAACACUUAAAUUGUAAUAUACUCAUAGGUUAUCAUAGUAAGUUGUUAUGUGUUUAUAGCAAAGGUACCCUCAGAACGCUGUGUGCGGUCCUAUGACGUAUCCAAAUCAAUGGGAUUAGACACUAUAAGAUUUUCAUAUAGAGAUUAGUCGGUUGCCUACUCGUAGGCAUAUGUUGAAUUCUGCAGGAUAUAAGGUUGAGCCUCGAUUGUCCUUUUAUCCACGGACAUUACAACAUUGCUUUUCAACAGGAGACAAACAGGAAUCCUGCUCAACUUAGCCUAUGCUAAACGAAACGGCGAUAUUUUCCUGUGUGAGAUCGCCAUUAGAUCAACGACAAACUGCGAACACCAAGUUUUUAGUUUGUAGCGUUAUAUAUGUGUGUCAUUCACUGUGAGAGGAUCGAACGCGUCAGGCUUCUCACGGAGGAUGUCAGCCGCUCCUGUAAAUAAAUAACAACAUUGUCCAUCUCCGAGCUAUAGCCGAUCGCGCUACGGCAGUCCAGCAAUUCAGAUACGCGUUCGAGAAAACCGCGUUGCGGUCUAUGUGUUCCACUUAUCGCACAGUUAACGAAUAAGGCAACGUAAAGUAAAGAGAUCGAACGGGGAAGUGAGAGCUAACGGUAUUAGUUAAUGAUAUUUUCUAACGUUGACGUCCCUUUGCAGCUUCGUUUUGAUUUCGAUCGCAAUCGGUGCCACAACGCUAUGAUAAGUAGUUUGCUUUUUUCUACUGAUAACACCAAAAUAUAUUGGUAUUGAUAGUUAGGCCAAUAGCAGAGAGACUACAAUACGUGACUGGCGCACACAAACCUUAUGCUCGACAGUGAUGCUUUAGUGCGUGUUAACCAAUUGCUGUUUUUGCGCGGCCACUUAUAUUGACCUGAGGAACUUGUGCCAAUCGAUGGAUAAGAAAACUGACGAAAAGUUUUUUUCGUGUUUUCGCUACUGAAUCACCGUUCGCAUGCGCGCAGUGAGAGAUUAGCAUCAUGAAUACUACGUACCGGAAGUACGAUCUCGCCAAACGAAGGGAUACAAUUAAACCAAGACGAAGGCGACAAUUUCAACGGCGGAGGAAGAAAUCUUAUCUACCGAUACUAGGAGAUGGAGAGGGCUUAGCCGAUUUCCCAGAGCUGUUGCUUGUCCUGGAGAGAGGCACAGUUCUGCACAAGGUCGUAUCGGCCUCCAAGGUGGUGACGCGGCGCUUCUAUCUCGACCCCUCACACGAGUUCCUUCUGUACUACCCUUCGCACAAAGGCUUUUUUUGUAUGAAUAAAGCGCCCGAACUCGCGAUCCGCAAUAUCGGCGAAGUCCGACGUGGCUAUUCAACAGAUGUAUUCCACAAGGUAGACGAGCAUCGACGUCGGCGUAGAACCUUGCGUAAUCUGCAGGUCCGCGAGGAGCUCUGCUUUUCUAUUGUACUCAGUUCGACCAACUCGACCCUUAACUUAAUCGCUCCUACAAUGGACACCUGCGUUGCGUGGUGUCGUGUGCUGUCUCAUUUGGUGGCAGCUUACCGUAAUGCUGAACGCCAGGAGGCAUUUGAUAAUUGGAUCAAGGCACAAUUUACGCGGGCAGAUAUCAACGCGAAUGGAGUGUUAAAUUUUUCUGAAUGUCUCGAACUGCUCAGACAAAUGAACAAGGCUGCUCCGAAGAAACUCGUCAGAAAACUGUUCGAUGCUGCAAACAAAAAUCGUACACGGGUCGAUGGAAAAGAUGUAUUGGACAAAGAAGAGUUUGUUCUGUUCUAUAACUCCCUACUGCAUAGGCCCGAAAUUCAGGAAUUAUUUGACAAGUAUAAAGUUAGAGGAAGUGACCUGAUGGGGCCCGAUGAGCUACAGAGCUUUCUGAAGCAUGAACAAUGCGAGACCCACUCACUUGAGGAGUGCCAGGAACUGAUUACGACGCUUACUCAGGAUCCUAAUAAGGACUGGGGCUCCGGAGGCCAUCUGAGUAUGCAUGGAUUUGAAGCAUUUCUACUGUCAGAUCGGCAAGCCAUAUUUGACUACCAGCAUCAGUUUGUCUGUCAGGACAUGACGCGCCCGCUUAACGAAUACUUCAUCGCCUCGUCGCAUAAUACGUACCUAUUGAAUCAUCAACUAGUUGGUAGCUCUAGCGUUGAAGGAUAUAUCAAGGCGCUACGAAGGGGUUGUCGCUGUCUUGAAUUGGACGUAUGGGAUGGACAGCAUAACAGUGGAGGUCCAAUUAUCUUCCACGGGUAUACCCUCACUUCGAAAAUCCUCCUCAAGGACGUCAUUGAGGCUAUAAGGGAGUACGCUUUUGUUGCUAGUCCGUACCCGGUUAUCCUUUCCAUAGAAAAUCACUGUAGUCAAGAGAAUCAAGUUGUGAUGGCAAGAUACUUUCGCGAAAUUCUGGGAGAUAUGUUAUGCGCCGAGGCAAUCGGGGCUGACGAAGUUCAACUACCCUCCCCCGAGCAGCUUAAGUACAAGAUACUGAUCAAGGGCAAAAAACUACCUCCUCUGAAUCAGGCGGCUUGUCGGGAAACUCGCGAACGAGAGGAACUUUUGACUGUUUUGCCCGACUAUGAAAUGUCGGGUGACCUUAGCGACUCAUCGGAGAUAUCCGAACAACUUGGAAGCGCAUCAUCCAACGAAACCGAUGAAGAUAAGAAAUUAUUUCAAGUUGAUGAUCUCGAUAACUCCAAUGGAGGCAGCAACAAUAACAGCUGUAAUACGUUUGGGGAAGAAAAGUCAUCCUGGAUCGGCGCCUUCAGUGAAACAAAAGAGCGAAAUAUUUCCCUACGUCGCUCGUUAACUAGACGAGCUUCGUCAAAAGUUGGCGGUGGAUCGAGAAAACACAGCGCGUUGGCUUCAGAACUAUCUGACCUUAUCAAUUAUAUCGUAGCUACCCAGUUUCGCUCGUUCGAAGAUACAGAAAAAUGGAACUUCAAUCAGAUGGCAUCGUUUAGUGAGACGAAAUACUUUAAAAUCUUAUCAAAUGAGGAGGGCGUGCAAGACUUAAUGAGGUACACACAAAAAUUUCUUGCCCGAAUUUAUCCAAAAAGCAGCAGAACUUCAUCAACUAAUUACGAUCCUAUUCCCAUCUUCAACGUAGGAUGUCAGAUUGUGGCACUCAAUUAUCAGACUUCAGAUCGUAGCAUGUUUUACAACGUGGCUAAAUUCGCCCAAAAUGGCAAUUGCGGUUACGUUCUCAAGCCGCAGAUACUGCGUGAAGGGUUCAACUUCAAUCAUCCACCAGCCUGUCUGCGUCGGAUACUUAACAUAAAGAUCAUCAGCGGACAACACAUCCCUAAACCGGAUGAAGCUCUUGAAGGCGAGGUAGUCGAUCCGUAUGUCGUGCUUAAGAUAGUCGGCCAUCCAUCGGACUCGUACAGAGCGAAAACCGAGUUCGUUAAAAAUAACGGAUUCAACCCUCACUGGAACAAAUCCUUCAGCUUCACGAUUAACGUCCCCGAUCUCGCUACGCUGGUUUUCAUCGUUAGGGACGAUUCCAGAACUGGUAAAAACCAAAAGUUAGGGAAAUACGCCAUACCCGUGAGCGUCAUUCAAGGCGGAUACCGACACGUACAUCUGCGGAAUGCGGCAUUCGAGAAAAUUGUUCCAGCUACACUUUUUGUCCAUGUGUCAAUUGGUACUUGUCCCCAGGAGGAGUUGGAGUACGGCAGCUAAAAGAGUUCAAUGGAAAGUUGCUGUUUCGUGACUUGUACAUUAGCAGACUUUGCCGAACAAACAUGCCGAAGCCAAGGAUCUAGUCCGAUUUGAUCGUUCGCUUAAGUGAACUCAGCUACUGGACGACACAAUAGUGGUCAUACGCUUUGUCGUUAAGCUAUCAACAUGUUAGCAAUUAAUUCCCUAAGAAGGAGAUGUUAACAAGGACGUAACGACGGGUCGUAUAGUAAAGUUGAGAAUAAUGGAGAAUUUGUUAUUAAUUGGCACUUACAGCUAACAUAUAACCUAAGGGAACCUGAAUAUUGGAAACGAUUCAGUGUUAAACGAAGAGUCGAGUCAUCGCUUCAAAGAUGAGCUUAGCUGACAUUUUCGUUGGCUAUACAGAUAGAGAGGCUAGCCAACAAUGGAACAACUCAGUAUAACCUGUGGGUUACAGUUUUUGACUGGUUCUUGAUUUGACUUACCCGGCUGGUAAAUACCAGUGCUGGCUUCGGUACACGCCUACCGUGCUGUGAACGAAAUAGAGGAUUCAAUAGUCUCCUACCGAAUGGUCCGGUCGUUGUUUUGACAGCUGCUAAUUUUAGGUGGAAGGGGUAUUAUGCGACCCAGCGACGUAACAUCAACCGCAUCAGAUUUUCGUUAUACUAUAUUUAAUGGCUUGAUUAAACAUUGUAUAGAUAUAGAGUAGACGAUAUAAAUAUAGUAAAAAUGCGCCGGCUCGAGAUGUAUGUAGCAAAUAUCCCAGAACAGCGGAUCAGUGUGAAUGUGAAGCCCCAAUAAACAGACGCAAAUAUCUACAUAUAUCCAUCUGAUCUAAAUUGAUCUUAUGAUAAGAUACCGUACAUCUAUACAUUUGGUGUCAAAUCGUUCUUCAACUGCUGUAUUUAUAUCGUAUUAUCGAUAUUGUUCCUUUAAUGCUGAACACGGACUUGCCAUCAUCUUUUUACGAAACGUAGUAAGUUAAAUUACCAACCAUGGCAUGGCUGCAACACUUGCCUUCAGUUUUCUCUAUCUAUCAAGCUAUGUGGUCCAGUAUAUAUAUAGAAGAGAUACAAUUCCCUCGAGUUGGUAUAGUAGAACAGAAAGAUGUCUAACUUUGGGCCAUUUUUGUCUUUAGGUUCACAGAUGCAAAAUCGACCACGUUUUGUUUGAUGAUUCGAUUGUCCUAGAAAUACUCGCUACUAUAUCCGUACUAUACUACCGUAUAUAUAUACAUAUAUAUAUACGUACCAUCACCAGGUGAUAACGAACACGUUACAAUCUUGUAUCCUUACGCGAAAUAACUAGUUCAACGUAAAGUUACUGUUGCUAGAUCUAUAUAACGUAUCAGUAUCCUUUCCCCCCUAUACAAAAGGACUUCUUAAUUGGAGUAAGGAAUACACUUAAUUUAUUUUUGUUUUUUUAAUUAUUAGAUCUAUAUUAUCCUUAAAUUACUCUUAAAAAAGAAAACUACUACAUUAUGAAUAAUUGUAUAUCAUGAGUAAUUAGAGUAUAAUUGCUCGAAUGCUCUUAAAUUUCAAGUGUUAUCUGUAGAUGUUAAAUUUUGGCUAUUUUAUCUUUGCUGAUGCCUCGUUUGCGUCUCUUGCCGUCUACUUGGCCAUAGAGUCAUCUGAAAAAUAUAUGGCGACGAAGCAUAUGUCUUGCUCGACCCUCGUGUUCAUCCAGUUCUCGUCACCCACAUUGUAUUGUAAUGUAAAUAUAAUAAAAUAAUAACAGAGAAAAAAGUUAUCCUUCUGUGGUUUAAACGGUGGUACUCGACUUAUAAAAACAGAGAAAUAAAGUUAAUUUCUAUAUCUAUACAAUCGUAUCGUUU